AUGAAUAAGGACAGGAUUGAGCGGCUGGUGAAGGUGUGCAUGGAGAGCUCCCCUUAUUUUGAGCUGGCGUGCCCCAGGGAUGUGUACCACAUCGUGCCAGCAGGAGCCUCUGCCCAUGUGCGCAUCCGCUUCAGCCCCGACGAGAACAAGGAUUAUUCCCACAAGCUUGUCUGCUGCACUGCAAAGCAAAGGAUAGUUGUACCAAUUCAGGCCAUUUGUCCCCGAACUGUCGCGGUCCUCCCUGACAAGCUGGACUUCUCCAAGUGUCCGGUCAAGUACAGCGUCCAGAAGACUCUGCUGGUUUGCAAUGUCAGCGACCAGGAAGCUCAUUACCAGCUGAGCACCCAGAGCCCUUUCUCCGUGGUGCCAGCCACAGGAACUCUGGGCGCUGGUGACACUGUGGAGGUGACAGUGGGAUUUCACGCGCUGACCACCGGUGACCAUUGCGGGUCCCUGUGCUGCAGCACAGGUGAAGAAAGUGUCCACACAAAGCUCCAUGGAGAAGCUGUAGAUCUCAACAUUGGGCUGAGCACAAAUUUCGUGGAGUAUAAGACUUUCAUCACCAUGUCAAACCAGAAAACCGUGUUCAUCGAAAACAGGAGUAACAUCACAGCCCACUUCCAGUGGAAGGCUUUUUCUGCUGAGGAAGAAGAGAAUGAAGAGCAGUGUGAUUUGCUGCAGCCAUCGAGUGAGGUGCGGACCGAGAACUUAAUGGAGGAGAAAGAAAUAAAGGAGGAGAAGGGCUUUUGUGAAGAUCAUGUUGCCCUCCUGAGCAGCAUGGUCGAGGAGAAGAUUGCAAAGGUGCAAGAAGACCCCCUGCUGUUCUCCAGUGACAUUUUUUUCAUCGAGCCAAUGGAGGGAGAAAUCGAGCCGAAUAGCUCCGCCGAAAUCAAGGUGACCUUCAAGCCCCUGGAAAUACGGAAGUAUAGAAGUGUGGCUUACUGCAAUGUCUCAGGCCUUGAGAACAGGCUGCCCCUGUUCCUCAGAGGGGAAGGACAAGGACCCUUGGUUGAACUCAGCCCUCCUACACUGAACCUUCAGGAGAUUUUUAUCAACACCUCCUAUGUCUAUGAGGUGAAACUGAUUAACCAAGGAACUCAUGAUGCUCCCUUCACCUAUAUCCCUUCAACCACAAAUGUGGAUUUCUGCUUCAAGCUUGAGCCCGAGGAGGGCAUCAUUGCACCAGGUGGGACCCAGACUGUUCAGAUCUCCUUCCAUACCACCGUGUUGGAGUGGUUUGAGGAAGAAUUCCAGUUCAGUGUGGCUGGAUCUCCUACACCUGUGAUCCUGACCAUCACGGGCUGCGUCACUGGACCGAAUUUGCACUUCGACCUCCCUGAGCUCAACUUUGGGGACGUCUCCUUUGGCUUUCCCACCACCAAGAGUGUUCGCCUCACUAACAGCUCCGUGGCGCCCGUGACGUUCAAGCUCCGCAUGUCGGACGAUGGCACGCAGCCAUCUGUCAGCAGCUUUGAUCUAAUACGCAGACAUAGUGACCCAGCCUGGAGGGACGGAAUUCAUUUUUAUGUGGAGCCAAGGGAGUUUACAAUGAAUCCCAGCCAAGGGACCAUCCCCUCCCAGGGACACCAGGAUAUUGAGGUGACCCUGUGUUCCAACACCAUGAUGGAGUUCCAUCGGAGAAUGCUGGUGGACCUGGAGGGUAUUGGCGAGGGAGUGGCAGCACUGGUCAUCACAGCCAGAUGUCUCGUUCCUGAGCUGCAAGUGUACCCCCAAGUCCUGCAGUACGAUGAGUGCCACCUGAAGGAACGCGAGGAGGGCUGUCCUGUCUUCUACUCCAGCCCCAAGCCCUGUGGGAUUGUCCAGCCUCACAGAUUUGCAGAGAUCCCAGUUAUAAUUGAAGUGCAGACAUUGGGCGAGCAUCACACCAACGUUCUCAUUGGCGUGUUUGGGGAUGAGAGAAACCCACAGAGAAUAGAAUUACGGAGCUCUGGAUUGCUGGCAAAAAUCUACGCAAGUACAAAGCAGAUAGAGUUCGGCAGGAUCCCAGCUCUGCAGCCUACUUCAAAAAGCUUUACUCUUUUCAACAAAGGUCUUAAGCCUAAAAACUUCAGAAUAGAGAUGGCUUCCAAAUCACACUGCUUUGUUAUUGAACCCAGUGAAGGAGUGAUCCCUCCUAAGGGUGAAGUUCCUGUGACUGUCACAGCAACCCUGGAUGACACUGGGCUUUUUGAUGGCAUUGUCAUGCUGUUAAUUGGGAACAGAGUUUGGAGCACCAUCUUUCUCCAGGCUUUGGGCACUGACACCACAAUUGUCACAGACAAACCGUUUGCCCCAGAGCUCAGCUUGGGAUACCAAUUCAGCCUCGUUCCCUGUUUUCGUCGGUUCAAAGUAACAAACAAGGGCCGCCGUUACCAUCAGCUCUUCUGGAGUGUGGAAUGCUACAGCCCACCUCAGGAGGAGGGCCAGAGUGUCUCAGACCUCAGCAGCUCCCAGGAUGAUUCCCAGAGCCCUGAACGUGCCAGCCCCGUGUUUGGGCUGGAGCCAGUGUCGAUGGGCCUGAAGCCAGGCCAGUCUGAGGACUUGGUGCUGCGAGGCUUCUCCCGCAUCCCACAGGCCAGCUAA